GAGAGGGAAUGGUGAGGGAAAACAGUGGUUGUGUGUGUAUGUAUAUGUGUGUGUGUGUGUGUGUGUGUUGGGAAUUCAAAGCUGGGUGGGUCUACAGUGUUUCACAUUCCCAAAUCACUCCCGGGCUGUGCGUCAAAGCGCUUUCAGUUCUCUCAGAGGGCCACGAUGUUGAUGCUGGCUGGAAUCAUUAUUGUCCACAUCACCACCAUCAUCCUGCUGCUGGUGGCCACCAUUGAUAAUGCCUGGUGGAUCACUGAUAGUAUGUCAACUGACCUGUGGGGCAGCUGGGAGAUGGCAAACUCAGUCUGGCUCUACACCAACCUGAAAAACUACCCAGAAGAGUAUCUCCAGACGGUUCAGGCCACCUCGGUGCUCGCCUGCGUCUUUUCCAUUCUGGCCCUGUUUGUGUUUGUGGCUCAGCUGUUCACUCUGCCCAAAGGCCAGAGGUUCACCUUCACUGGCAUUUUACAGCUAAUCGCCUGCCUGUGCAUAAUGAUAGCGGCCUCCAUCUACACGGCCGAGCUCCACGCCAACGACAAGGUGGGAGGCUACGGACACUGCUACGUCCUGGCCUGGAUCUCUUUUGUCCUCACCUUUCUCUUAGCGAUCACCUACCUCGUCCUGCGGAAGAAGAGCGAGUGAGACGCAAAGGAGGAAUGAGGGUAGAUCUGGGAUCCUAUUACUUGUUUGAAUUUGGGAAAUUUAAGAGUAGGUUUCAGAAAUUUGAGGAGGAAAAAAAAAAAAAAAACAACUGAAGAUUGUGGAUCUGCAGCUGGGAAAAUGGGCGAAUGAUGUUCAAUUGCUAACAAGAGCCAUUUGUUUAUAUUUUGAAUAUUAUACAUUGAAAUGGAAAUCAUGCUUACAUAAUAUGAACAACUGAACAGAAUUGACAGUGUGGACUACAAGAAACAACUAUCAACAAUGUUUAAAAGAAUAUUUAUAGUAAAUAAAACUUUAGUUCAUAGUUAUGUGACUGUUGACAAUCAACUAAAAACUUAAGCCAUGUCUGGCUAUUAAGCCAUUGUUUAUUGCAAAGUUGUAACUGAUGUUUUCAAAGCUUAACAUUGCAAUAAACGGCUUGUAAAGCAUUCCAUAGUUUGUUAACCAUCAAAUAAGUAUUAACUUAAGUUAAAUUAACUAUAAAUGUACCAUUUAUUCAUGAUGGCUACGACAAAGUGAUACCAAAUGAUGUCUGUGAUCAGGAAUGUGCAUCCUUCAAUUAAUAAAUCAAUUCUUUCUAUUGUUUCACAAAAGGUAGUUAAAUACAAGUUUGGAGAGCUCAGUACACACCCAUCAGAACUGUAAAAGAAUAGUUCAACAUCAUGAAAAAAAACCCUAUUUGUUUUCUUGCAGAGGGUGAUUAUCAGAGGCUCAACAGCCAACUUACAUUUGUGUGUUAGCAGUUUGUCUUUAUGCUAAGCUAAGUUAAGCUAGUCUGCUGCUGGAGGUAGCUUCAUGUUUACCACAUAGAUAUGUGAGUAGUAUCAAUUUUCUCAUCUAGAUCUCUGCAGAAAAUAAUUUAUUAUCCCCCAAAAUGUCAAAAUAUUCCUUUAAAGCUCCUUUUGGAAAAUGCUGACACUUUGGGUUUUCCCACUUCAUCAACACUGGUGCUUUUGGAUGGUGGUUGACCCGACCGACGAUCCCAAAGCAUCAGUAUUACUAUCUCACCAUCAGGAGUUUUAGGAACUGAACAAAGUUGACCAUGUGGGAGGAGAAAGUAAGCAAAAGCCCCUUAAAGAAGUACUAGUUCAACCACAAGUGCUUAUCAGCCUGUAUCAUCAUGUUGUGAGGCGUACCGCUGCAGGUUUUCCCAAGUAGAGGAGUGAAAUAAUACUGUAUCUGUGAAGGUAUGGUGUUUUAGCAAAACUACAGCAUUCCUGCUGCAGUACUUGAACAAUCAGGAAAGACAAGCCUUAAUUUUCAGCACGAGCAGUUUUAAUCAUGUAUCAUUAUUUUACAUUUGAAGUAUAGUGUAUCCUUUUUUUUAAUCUAUGCACAUUGUAACCAGUAUAUUUUUGUAACUUUUUGUAUUGAGUGUUUUUUUUUUUCUAACCAUGUUUGAUUUUGUCUGUAGUUGGCUGCUAUCAUAAGAAAAGUACAUGCAAUUUGUACAAGUGAACAUUAAGUGAACCAGGGAUGGAGGACAAUGGCGUUAUAUUUCACCAUAUUUUGUAACUAUGCAGUAGAAGGUUUUGUUUUGUAAUGACAUUGGAAUUUAAGCCAUAUCAUUUAUUAAUAAAAACAAGUUAUAUCACAAA